AUGCCUCCCAAGUUCGACCCAUCAGAGGUUAAGAUCAUCUACCUCAGAGCUACCGGUGGUGAAGUUGGUGCUUCAUCAGCUUUGGCCCCUAAGAUCGGUCCUCUUGGUUUGUCUCCCAAGAAGGUCGGAGAAGAUAUCGCCAAGGCUACUGGUGAUUGGAAAGGUCUCCGAGUAACUUGUCAACUUACCAUCCAAAACAGACAAGCUACCGUCUCCGUUGUCCCCUCCGCCUCUUCCCUCGUCAUCAAGGCUCUUAAAGAACCAGUACGAGACCGAAAGAAGGAGAAGAACAUCAAACACUCUGGUAACAUCCCUCUUGACCAAAUCUAUGACAUCGCCCGAAAAAUGGCCCACAAAUCAUUCGCCAAAUCACUUUCAGGUGGUGUUUGUGAGAUCCUCGGUACCGCUCACUCUGUAGGAUGUACCGUUGACGGUAGAUCUCCUCACGAUAUCAUUGAAGCUAUCCACGAUGGUGAGAUCGUUGUUCCCGAUGAGUAA